AUGCCCUUGAUACACAGAUAUUUAGUUCACAGUCUAAGACUGUCUUAUCUGCGUAACGUCGAUGACCCUUACGGCGCGCGUAUAAUCUCCCUAAGCCCAUCCUAUACGUCAAACUCUUAUAUUGUCGCAGCAUCACUCGCCGAUGUUCAUCGUUGGCCAGAACUCGAAUACCCCUCAAGUCCGCCUAUAUCAGACGAUGAAUCGGAGGCUCCUGAUAAGUCCUCGCCGGGUUUCCCUGGGGCCACUGGUCUUAAGCAUCACCAAACAAUCAUGGGCAACAGAUCGGGAGCGUUUGGCUUGAGAGUAUCAGGUCGACGUGCUUCUACAUCAAAGCGAGCCUCUCUCAUCGCAAAGAGAGCCGGCAUACAUAACGAGGGAGCAGAUGCUCCCGCUGCCCUGCCGCGCGUCAACUUCAUAAAUGCUAGUGACGUUGAUUCAUGUCCAAUCACUUCAGAACAAACUGAUGUUUCACAACCUCUACCUCAACCCGCACUAAAGAAAGACGACCCCCCUCCUGAGCUACCCCCGAAGGAUAUUCCAUUUGUGCCGAAGUUCAAAGGUGCGGCCGAAAUGGAGGCCAGGCGCAGGGUACGAAUGAUGGCGCGCCGCGGCGUCCCAGCUUCUAUGCCAAAGAUUCCCUCCGUAACGAUACGUGGCCUCAAUCCCGAUCUCUCUUCAUCCGAUGAUGAGGAUGGCAUGUUGGAAGAUGAUAACGAUGACGAUUAUGAUUUGGUUGCCCCAGGAGACGAUAAUAUGGAUGAAGUUGACGAAUUUGAUCCAGAUUUUGCUGCCACCCGAGGCAUGCACUCGGACAGCGCAUCUGAUGGGGUCUCCCUUCUCUCAGGGACCGCCUCAGUAAUGUCUGGAUCUAAUUUAUCCACCCUUGGAACAUCACCGUUCGUUGCUCCCUACUCCCGAGCACGCUCGCGACUCAGCCCUGUAUCUGAACAUCGUGCUACAGACAACAAUGACGAAGGGUGUCUUCCAACCCUUCAUUCUAAGCCCAUCGAAACUCACUUCGAGAUGAUCAGUCCGGUGUCGAAGCCUGAUCAGCGAUCUGAACCACCACCCCCCAAACACGAAACUCGCAGAAGAGGCGUCUCAAUAUCACUACCUGUUAUCGACGCUCCAUCCGAUAUGACAUUCACACGCAAGCCUGUCGCGCCAGCGCUCCCGCACGCAUCCGCUCUCACCGCUAUCCUUGCUUCAUCAGGCGGUCCCGCCAACCCAUUCAGUGAACUGUAUGGUGUCAUAUCUGGACGGGGAGAGACGGCCUCAGUAGAUGUCAAGGUUUUCUUUCCGCAUGCCGAAGAACCUCGUGGUGAACAUGUGACUCUGAACGUGCGGAAAGACGCAACUAUCGAGGAAGUCAUCGGUUUCGCUUUAUGGACUUACUGGGACGAGCGAUGGCUACCUGAACUUAAUGCAGGUGUUAAGGAGGACGACCCAAAGCUCUCUGCAAUAGGUUGGAUCAUGCGCAUUGCAGAGGACGACGGCGAGGUCGAUGAGGAUUUCCCGCCACCCGACCGCACAGGCAAGAUCUCGAAAUUUGGUUUUGAGGCAUUCGCUAUUCUACCUGCAACCCCGCUGCAAAUACAACAAAAUGAACAGCUGGAGACCAAGAUACAGCGACGGCCCUCGAGAGUUAUGUCAGCGCCAAAGAAACAGGAUUCAGGACCUCCAGGCGGCUUGGUGUUGCCGUCCGUUUCCGGUCCUGCAAGUGCGAUGUUCGGUACAACUCCAAUCUUAUCAUCUUCUUUGGGUCCUUCGUCGAGCCAUGGCCCCCAGUUAUUUUUGCGUAUUCGCGUUGCAGACACCGCUGAUGCAGUUCAUAUAUCUACCACCAUCCCUGUAUCGGCGGGUAUGUACAUGCAGGAGGUACUCGAAGUGGUUUGCCGGAAGCGCAAACUGGCAAACCUCAAGGACUAUGCUCUGAUCGUCAACGAACUAAACAUGCUGGCGUACCUCGACCGCACGGUCGCUAGUCUCGGAGGUAGACGAGAGCUGACGCUAGUCAAGAGAUCCAUACUCCCUCAAUUGGGCAUCGAGCCCGAAAGCAGAUCAGGACGCACCACUGACCCGAAUGCUUCUAUUUCCAAACGGAUAUCGGAAGUCCCAGAGAUGCAACUAAGCACUGCGGCGGACUACGCGACAGCAUACAAGAAAUACACCAUUUACCGCAAAAUGCCUAUGCUAGCUCGUCAGGAACGCACUUUGGCUAUUGAUGGUGUUUAUAUCCAUAUCAUGCCAUCCACAAACAAGGCCAAAGCGGUCUUUGAUAGUGGAAAGACGGUGUCAUUCCAUAUCAAGAGCAUCAUCCAAUGUCAGCAGUCCGCAAAACCGUUGACGCUGUUCAAGAUCGUUGUACAACGGGACAGCGGGAGCAAACGCUACGACUUUGAGGCGGAUACGCCGAAGCUUGCGAAUGAGAUUGUGCAGACCUUACGGAUGCUGAAAUCCCAUUUGGAUCGUUCCAGUACUGUCAACCGCUUGCGGCGCAGUAGACAGGUAGUAUAA